UGUACAACGAAAUUCUUUAAUUGCUGUGAUGAACAAAGCGAAAAUUCUCGACUCUUCAAAAAAGUCUCUCAAGGAAAACGCAAACGAAAAAAGGGGGGAUUUCACAACUGAAAAGAGGAUAAUGAUAACAAGAAGCCACACCCAGUAGAGAAAAGGUUUAAAGCUAAAUUCUUCCAUUCAAAACGCACCAGCAACACGCACGCCCACUUUAUUCUUCUCCCUCUCACCCAAUUCACUGGCUAUUCAUUUGUAUGAGAGAAAUUUGCUAAGAAGAAGGGAAUUAGAUGGAUUCAGCGUCACUCGAUGAUAUAAUAAACCGGCUGCUUGAGGUAAAAGGGAGGCCAGGAAAGCAGGUGCAGCUCUCGGAGUCGGAGAUCAGACGCCUCUGCUUGCAGUCCAAAGAAAUUUUUAUGCACCAGCCUAAUCUUCUCGACCUUGAAGCUCCAAUUAAGAUUUGUGGGGAUAUUCAUGGCCAAUAUUCAGAUCUUCUUAGACUUUUCGAAUAUGGUGGAUUGCCCCCAAAAUCAAAUUACUUAUUUUUGGGGGAUUAUGUGGAUCGUGGGAAGCAAAGCCUGGAAACAAUCUGCCUUUUACUCGCCUACAAGAUAAAAUAUCCUGAAAACUUCUUCUUACUGCGGGGAAACCACGAAUGCGCAUCAGUCAAUCGUAUAUACGGAUUCUAUGAUGAAUGCAAAAGACGGUUUAACGUAAGACUAUGGAAAGUUUUCACAGACUGUUUCAACUGUCUACCUGUUGCAGCUUUAAUUGACGAGAAGAUAUUGUGCAUGCACGGAGGACUCUCUCCGGAUCUGCACGAUUUAAAUCAAAUUAGAAAUCUACAGCGCCCGACUGAUGUUCCUGAAACCGGCUUACUGUGCGAUUUACUAUGGUCUGACCCCAGCAAAGACGUCAAAGAAUGGGGAAUGAAUGAUAGGGGAGUCUCAUAUACUUUUGGUCCAGAUAAGGUGACGGAAUUUCUUCAAAAACACGAUCUUGACCUUAUUUGCCGUGCCCACCAGGUGGUCGAAGAUGGAUAUGAGUUUUUUGCUGAUAGACAACUCGUGACAAUAUUCUCAGCCCCAAACUACUGCGGAGAAUUCGACAAUGCCGGCGCCAUGAUGAGCGUGGAUGAGACCUUGAUGUGCUCCUUUCAAAUCUUGAAGCCUGCAGAAAAGAAGCCCAAGUUUGGAUUCGGAAGUAGUACUACUACCACUAAGCCAGGAACACCUCAAAUCAAAACGAAGUCAUUUCUUGGUGGCAAGAUGGGAUGAGAAGAUGAAGAAAACUGGCGCUCGUGACCAAAGAUGAGCAUCGAUCGUUGUUUUGAGGCAAGGAGGAGGAGGAGGAGUUUUUCAUCCUAGGAGACUGGCAACGGUGUGAUAUCUUGUAUCUAAUGUGUUAUAUAACAUCAAAUAUAUUGGGAGUUUAAAUCAAAAAUAAUUUUAUGAGAAACACCAAAUAUAGACAUGAAUGAAUCGAAACAAAACAAGGGUCCAAAUGGUUGCACUUGGGAGUUAUGGUGAAAGAGAAUGAAGAGAGUAGUAGCCUGUUGGAGUUGUAUGAGGUCGUUGAUGAAGGCUAGGUGUCAUGAAUCCAAAUGGUAUAGUGGUUGCACUUUUGGUGGAUAGAAUUAGAAGCCCUCAAUUAUGAGGUUCUCCAGUUUUCCUAGUGGCUCGUUGGGCAGCCACUAAAUCGUUUGGAUACAUCGAUUCCUACAGCACCCCCUGUUUUUUCCUUUCUUGUUUUGGUCCUUUGUCGCUUACAUACUCGACAUCGGCCAAAUUUUCGUUGCUAUGGAGGAAUCUUUUAUUGUUAAGGAGUCUGUUAGUUUUAAAUGAAUUUUAUAAUAAAAUGUAAGUGAUAUUCAUCUUAA